AUGAGUUUCUUCACUUCAUUCAAGAAUAAAUAUACACCAUUGGGUCAAAAUUCCGAUGGUGCUCCAUUACCACCACCGGUAACUCAACCGGAAAAUACCAAUUCUUUUUCUGCUAAAUUGCAAAAAUUGAACCCAUUUAGAUCACAAUCAGUUUAUUUGGAAGAUGAUGAAAAUUAUGUUACUUCUGACCCAGGAAUGUUUGAAUUACUGAGAUGGGAUAGAAUGUUAAUUUUUGCCUUAUGUUUUGCUGGUUCAGUUUGUUGCUAUUUAAUCUGUAUAUUCUUAUUCCCAGUCUUGUCAUUAAAACCUAGAAAAUUUGCCUUGCUUUGGUCAAUUGGAUCCAUUUUAUUCCUUGUGAGUUUUGGUGUAUUGCAAGGUUUUCAAGCUUAUAUGGUACAUUUAUUUCUGGGUACAAGAAUUAUAUUUACAAUUGGGUUUGGCGCCAGUAUUAUAUUGACAAUCGUAUCAAGUGUUGCAUUAAAAAGUACAUUAUUAUCAAUAUUAUUUGCAGCUAUUCAGUUGCUUGCUGCAAUAUGGUAUGCCGUUAGUUAUUUCCCAUUGGGUCGACAAACAUUAAAUUUGGCUGGCAAUGUCGCCAGAAGCCAGGUGGAUACAUGGAUAAACAAUUAA